UUAUUAAAAAAGGAAAAUUUGGAUUUUUUGUUUAAAAAGUUUAAGGAAUUUGAUUAUAUUUAAUGAAAAAAAGUCAUUGGUCUAAUGACACUCCGGUGGAUUAUUCUCCACAAAAUAGUGGAAAUAAUUGGAAUGUUCGAAGUUCAGGAACAGUACAUAGACCAUUACCACCAACACCCUGUCAUUUUGAAACUCAAUAUCAAGAGUCAUAUGGAGAUGCUGUAUGGAAUAGUCAGCAGUCUCCAUAUAAUCAAAGUUAUUAUUUAUUUCAAGAUGAAAAUGUAUCAUUUCCAAGAAGAAGAAUUGUAUCUCAUGGAGAUUAUUCGGAAGAUGAACCAGCAUAUCAAACAAAACAAGAAAAUGUGGAGUAUUAUGAUAAUUCUUUUAGCUCUCAGUCUCCUCGAAAUGUAUAUACAGAUGGGUAUAAAGCUUAUAACGAUAUACAGGAUUAUGCAUCUCUUGAUUACAAAAGGAAAUCUUAUAUGAAUUAUCCUGAAGAACCAGAUAAUAAUUAUUGGCAUGAACCGCAAGAAAGUGUAUAUACAGAAGAAUAUAUAGAACCCGAAUCAAGAAAAACAAAUAAAGGAUCUUUUAAUACAUACAAAAAUACCGCUAAAUCUGAUGUUGGAAAUAACCUUGAUACAUUAUGGGAUCCUACUGUAACAGAACCCGAUGAUUAUCUUCACAACCCAACCUUUAAGGAUAGAAAAAAAGAUUAUUAUUUUUUUACAAAACGUGGUAUAUUUAAUAUAGGAUCUCUUGUGUUUUUAAUACUUGGUGUAAUGUUUGUUUUUAUUGGUUACCCUAUUAUGUUAUAUAUUCGCAGGGCAUAUGAUGAUGCUCAUAGUUGUCCUAAUUGUAUACGAACACUGCCUAUAGAUUUAUUGGAUGCAACAAGAAGCCUUAUUGAUCCGGAUACACCGUUAGAAUUUUAUGAACGGAAGAGUAAAGAUGGAAAAAUUUAUAAAAUUGUAUUUUCAGAUGAAUUUAAUAAAAAUGGAAGAACAUUCUAUCCAGGUGAUGAUCAGUUUUGGGAAGCAGUCGAUUUACAUUACUGGUCAACUAUGAGUAUAGAAUGGUAUGAUCCUGAUGCUAUAACUACAAAUGGAGGUUUUUUGGAGAUACGACUUGAUGCUUUUCGAAAUCAUGAUCUUAAUUAUAGAUCAGGUAUGCUUCAAAGUUGGAAUAAACUAUGUUUUAAAGGAGGUAUUAUUGAAGCAUCUAUUUCACUUCCAGGUAGAGGAGACAUUUCUGGAUUUUGGCCAGCAUUUUGGGCAAUGGGAAAUCUUGGUCGUCCUGGCUUUGGUGCUUCUACUGAUGGAGUAUGGCCAUAUAGUUAUGAUACAUGUGAUGUUGGAAUUACACCUAAUCAAUCAGAUUCUAACGGCAUAUCAUCUCUUCCUGGAAUGAGAUUUCCUAACUGUGUAUGUCCUAAUUCAGAUCAUCCAAGCCCAGGAAAAGGACGAGGUGCACCAGAAAUAGAUAUAAUUGAAGCAUCUGUUGAUCUUAGUUUUCGUCUUGGAGAAGCAUCACAAUCAGUACAGUUUGCACCUUUUGACGACCUUUAUACACCAAAUUAUGAACAUAUGAAAAUAUAUAAUAAAGAAAAAACUCAUAUAAAUAAUUAUCGUGGCAAUUCUUUUCAACAAACAUUUUCAUGUAUCACGUACUUAAAUAAUGAAUGGUAUGAUGGACGUAAAUUUCAAACAUAUUCUCUUGAGUAUGAACCUGGUAAAAAUGGUUUUAUUCAAUGGUAUAUUGGUGAUAAUCCAACGUGGAUGAUGAAAGCUGAAUCAGUAGGACCAAAUGGGAAAAUUGGACAAAGGCUCAUAUCUGAAGAACCCAUGGCAUUCGUAAUUAACCUUGCGAUGUCAGAGUCUUUUGCUAAAAUAGAAUGGGGAAGAUUACAAUUUCCUGCUAUUAUGCGAGUAGAUUGGGUCCGCAUUUACCAAGAAACGCCUAUGAUUACAUGUGAUCCUCCUGGAUAUCCAACUACAAAGUAUAUUAAAGAGUAUGUUGUUUUUAUUAUAUAAUUUGCAAAUUUAACAGAUAUCAGACAUCCUAUAGCUUAUUAUAACAAUAAUAUUACUACUUGGGAGAAUACCGGCUAUCAAUGGCCUAAAAAUCGACUUAUGAACGAAUGUUAAUAUUUUAUCCGGCAUAUAAUUUAUAAUGAUUUUUAAUAUUGGUGAUAUGAAAUAU